CCUUCACAGACGGGCGUUAAACCGCGAGGGCAGCUCUGCCAGAACUACAAAAGACGACUCGAGUGGGGAGCACCGAGGCCGCGCGUUUCCCCGCCGCGCCAGGCAGGGAGGCCCAUAUGUGCCGGCACCGGUUGGUCUGAGGCGGUGGCCUCCGACCUCUCCGCAAGCUGAAAAGGCGGCGAGAGGAAAAAAGGCGGAGACGCUGGGCGCUCGGCCGUCACUCCGCUGACGGCGGGGAACGCUCGGACAGUAUAAGGACGGCUGGGGGCGCCCGGGCCUCCCAGGCAACGGCGAAGGCGGAGUCCGGGCCCGGCCGGGGAAGCGCGCGGAGAGGCCCCCCCCUUACCGGCCUGCCAAGGUCCGACUGCAGACACAGCCACCGAGUUUGCCUGGACAGCCUCCCAUGUACUCUGGGACCUUUGACUGUUUCCGGAAGACUCUUAUUAGAGAGGGCAUCAUGGGACUAUAUCGGGGAAUGGCUGCUCCUAUCAUUGGAGUCACCCCCAUGUUUGCUGUGUGCUUCUUUGGAUUUGGUUUGGGGAAGAGACUACAACAGAAACACCCAGAAGAUGUGCUCAGCUAUCCCCAGCUGUUUGCAGCUGGGAUGUUAUCUGGUGUAUUCACCACAGGAAUCAUGACCCCUGGAGAACGGAUCAAGUGCUUGUUACAGAUUCAGGCUUCUUCAGGGGAAACCAAGUAUACUGGUACCUUGGACUGUGCAAAGAAGCUGUACCAGGAGUUUGGGAUUCGAGGCAUCUACAAAGGGACUGUGCUUACCCUUAUGCGAGAUGUCCCAGCUAGUGGAAUGUAUUUCAUGACAUAUGAAUGGCUGAAAAAUAUCUUCACUCCAGAGGGAAAGAGGGUCAGUGAGCUCAGUGCCCCUCGGAUCUUGGUGGCUGGGGGCAUUGCAGGGAUCUUCAACUGGGCUGUGGCAAUCCCCCCAGAUGUGCUCAAGUCUCGAUUCCAGACUGCACCUCCUGGGAAAUAUCCUAAUGGUUUCAGAGAUGUGCUGCGGGAGCUGAUCCGGGAUGAAGGAAUCACAUCCUUGUACAAAGGGUUCAAUGCAGUGAUGAUCCGAGCCUUCCCAGCCAAUGCGGCCUGUUUCCUUGGCUUUGAAGUUGCUAUGAAGUUCCUCAAUUGGGCCAUCCCCAACUUGUGAGACUGAAGGCUGCUCAAGACUUCUGAAGCUGGAAGCUGUCGCUGAGGAGGAGGAGUAGUGGGCAGAACUAACCAGUCUUGAAGGGCAAGGGGAGGGGGAUGGUGGGAUUAGAGCCCUGUGCUUGGACUUGGUGAGACCAUUGCCUUAAUGACGUCCUGUACUUUGUAUAACUUAGUGUGCCAUUUUGAAACUUGAAUGCAUUCUUGUCAAUUUAAGGGAUCUUAAGAGGAUUUGGAGAUGGAACGGGUAGCUUCUAGACCAGAUACUACCUGUGGCAAGAAUGGUGGCUACCAGUUUUCUGCUGGUCCUACCAUACCCAAAGUAUUCCUCAUUAAGAAGAUAAUCUCAGGUUCUUACUGCAGGCACUGUGCAUGUUUUCAACCAGCUCACCAGCUGAGAUCUUCUUCAGUCCCUAGCCAGGAACACUCACUUGAUUUCCAGGGUGCCAUCUAAUCCUGGGCUACACAUGUGGAUAUGGACUUGAGGCCCACAUCUGUGUCCAAGUGGACUGGGCAUAUAUGGCUAGGAGGAGAUAGACUGUUAACUGUUGGAUUUUGAUUUUUUUUUUUUAACGCAUGCAAGUAAUCAAAAGUAAAACUAGAGUAGUGUAAUUUUCCCUCCUAAACAGUGAUGACAGUCCCAGUCUGCUGGGAUAAGUGAGAAAGCGCAGGGUGUAGGAAGGCUCUUUUUGUACACUCUUUUCUCAUGAGAGCUCCCUAUUUUAAUGAGAAACAAUAAAUGUUGUUUCUAAUUUU